AUGGCAGCAGCAACGACUUCGCAGCUCUCAUGCUUCUCUGCUAUGAAUCGCAACCUCAACCUCCCCAGACGUUCGCUCCUUUGCCCAACCAUUUUUCGUCCCAAGUACUUGUCAACUACUGUUAUGAGUCUUGAAGGCGGUUCCAAGACCAAGACUAGUUUAAGUUACACAAGCGAUGCACCAAAAGCAAAGUCAGAUCCCAUUUUAGAUGAUGAACAAAUUGCUGAACCGAAAAGAGCGGCCAAGAUUCAUGAUUUCUGUUUCGGCAUUCCAUUUGGCGGGAUUGUUCUAAGUGGUGGACUUAUUGGUUUCAUCUUUUCUAGAAAUCCUGCCACUUUGUUCACUGGCGUCCUGUAUGGAGCGGCAUUGCUAGCCCUUAGUACCUUCAGCUUGAAGAUUUGGAGGCAAGGAAAAUCCAGUUUACCCUUCAUUCUAGGGCAAGCAGCUUUGGCGGCAGUCCUCCUGUGGAAGCACGUUCAGACCUACUCAUUGACAAAGAAAGUAUUUCCAACAGGCUUCUAUGCUGUCAUCAGUGCAGCAAUGUUAUGCUUCUAUUCAUAUGUCGUCCUGUCUGGAGGAAACCCACCACCGAAGAAGUUGAAGCCAUCUGCAAGUGUUGCAUCGUGA